UGCAGAUUCCGCCAGCAGGAGUCACAGAAAGUCUUUUUACAGAUGUAAAGCAAGGUCCUUCAGAACCCUUCGCUUCAUUCAUCGAUCGUCUCACACAAGCAGUGGACAGGCAAGUCAUUGAUGAGGGAGUGAAGUCACAUAUGAUCCGGUGUCUUGCAUUUGCAAAUGCCAAUCCAGAAUGCAAGCGAGUCAUCAGUGCAAUGCCAGGCCAACCCACCAUGGCAGAAAUUCUAGAGGCAUGCAGCAAGGUGGGGACACCACAGCAUGUUGCAACAAUUUUAGGAGAUCAAGUGGAAAAAGCUGUCAAAGAAGCAUUUGCAAAUUUUCAACAAAGACAGUGUUACAAGUGUGGCAAACCAGGGCAUUUCAAGAAGGACUGCCCACAAAUUACAAACAAUGCAGAUUCAUCAGAUCGUUGUUCGGCAUGCGGGGGAAGGAAGCGUCGUCCUGCGAGGAACAAUGCAAGUGGAGGAACUCAGUCGGGAAACUCCAGGAGGAGCGCGGAUCGUCAACGCGCGACGACACAAGUGAUGGCGAUGACUCAAGAGCAAGCUCCGCAAGGGGGACAAUCAUCAGGGAACAGCAUUCUGACGCCCUCAGCAGGACAAUUUGUAGGAUCCCCAGCGAUCCAGAGUUAUUACCACCCGGGGCGCAAUGCGAUUUGGCAACUUCCAAAGUGAUAUGUUUUUUGGAUGACAAUUAUGCAGUGAUACCCACUGGUGUCACUGGAUCCUCGUGGAAGAGGCAGGACUUUCUAAUUAUAGGUAAGGACAGAAGCAGUGUUUUGGGACUUGUUAUUUACCCUUCUGUCAUUUCAGCAGAUCGCAAUGAUGAGUUGACAGUUUUAGCGAAGCCUCAUCAGCCACCAUUGAUCAUUCCCCCGAACACCUCAAUUGCCAGGGCAAUUGCAUUGCCACCCCAUGCUGCAGAACAAGUCUUGCCAGUGCUCCGGGAACAAGAUCCUCCUUCAGGCAUAGGGGGGAACACCUUGUGUCUGCAGAGUGAAGAUGCGAUUGUUGUCUCGGGGCCAGGAGGUAAGACUGCAAUCAUUCGCCCAUUUGUUGUGCAAAGACCCAUCACAGUAUGGGGAAGGGACAUUUUAGUGCAAUGGGGCGUGAGGUUGGAAGUGGAUUUUUAGUGGGGGUCACUGUGGCACUCACCACUUUGAAACUGACCUGGAAAACAGACAAUCCUGUCUGGGUGGAUCAGUGGCCCCUUGAGAGGAAAAAAUUGAGUGCUCUCAAAAACUUGGUCAGGGAACAAUUGGAAAAGGGACACAUUGUACCGACAAACAGUCCCUGGAAUUCCCCAGUUUUUGUCGUUCGCAAGAAAGCCCCUGGCUCAUGGAGAUUGCUUCAUGAUCUCAGAAAAAUCAAUGAGGUCAUUGAGGAAAUGGGACCACUUCAGCUGGGGCUUCCAUCUCUCUCAAUGAUUCCGAGAGAUUGGCCGCUGGUGAUCAUUGAUCUCAAAGAUUGUUUUUUCAGCAUCCCACUUCAUCCAGAUGAUGCUCCUCGAUUUGCCUUUUCCAUCCCAAGCAUCAACAGGGAGGAGCCUCUGCAGAGAUACCAUUGGGUUGUUCUUCCUCAAGGUCUGAAGAACUCUCCGACCAUCUGCCAAUGGUUUGUUGCACGGGCACUGUGUCCAGCUCGAGAGAAACAUCCAGGAGCAAAAAUCAUUCAUUACAUGGAUGAUCUGCUCAUUGCUGCCCCAACACAACAGGAAUUGCAGAGGGCUCGUGACUGUGUGAUCACAGAGGUGCAAAAUGCAGGUUUGGAAAUUUCCACUUCAAAAAUCCAGGAAAUUGCACCUUGGAAAUACCUAGGAUGGAAAAUCACUGAACAAACAGUGAAACCACAGAAAAUUGAAAUUAGAACAGAAGUUAACAACUUACAGGAUUUGCAACAACUUUUGGGAGAGAUCAACUGGAUGAGAUCCAUCUUGGGGAUCACAAAUGAUGAACUUGCGCCGUUGUUCAAUCUUUUGAAAGGGGACAGUAACAUCAAAUCCCACAGGAGCCUCACUCCUGAGGCUCGGGAAGCCCUUGAGAAAAUUGCUGGAGCCCUCCAGCAGAGACAGGCACAUCGUUUUGUAACAUCUUUACCUUUCUUUCUUGCAGUGUUGGGGGAAAAAAUUCAGUUAUAUGGGUUGAUUUUUCAGUGGGAUUCAUCACAAAAAGACCCAUUGUUGAUUUUGGAGUGGAUUUUUUUAUCUUACAGGUCUCCGAGGACGAUCCUCUCAAGUCUGGAAAUGAUAGCUCAGAUCAUCAUCAAAGCUAGGACCAGGCUGCAAACAAUGGCA